GAAUGAGAGAGAGGGAGAGAGAGGGAGAAAGAUUAUUCAGCUGAGCGACAGUAAGUUUUCCAUUACAGAACUGCGUGUCUGUGUCUGUCAGUGUCAGCACCUUUUCCGCACGCUCUUGACUUUACAGCGGCUCCCGACGAUGUCACUUUCCGGGUCCCAGUCUCCAGAGGACGGUAUGCAAGGCUCGUGGGUGGAGCUGGAAGGGAUUGGAGCCGUGACGGACCGCGGGGAGAGCCUGACAGGGCCACAGGGCAGUACUUCUUCCUUCCUGCAGGGGGAGCUGGAGAGAAUCCUGCUGGAGGCACAGCUGGAAUGUGAGAGGAACAGCCACACAGACAGCCCUCCCCAGGUGGUGACCCCACAGAUGACUGGAUCACCUCGCACAGGCAGUGAAGGCAGUAGCAGUGCAGACUGCAUUACCAUACAGUCUGAUGAGAGCGAGAAGCGACGGAUCAGUGCGGAGUGGGUGUGGGACUGGUCCAGUCGACCUGAAAACCUUCCACCCAAGGAGUUUGUGUUCCAGCAUCCAAAGCAGUCAAGCUCUCUCAGCGUGAGGAAAAGCGAGGUGAUGAAGAGGGGGCUCUUCUCCUCCGACGUGCUCCUCAUCCUCCUCCCUUCCCUGGUGGCGUCACACCUGCUCACACUGGGAUUAGGGAUAUAUAUAGGGAAGCGCCUGGCUGCCUCCUCCACCAGCACACUGUGACACAUGGCCCAGGGCAGUGCUCCUAUUCGCUGCCACCACCGCCAAUAGGAUCGUAGCCCUCAUUUUGUUAUUACCGUUGCCCCCCCUUCUCCUAUUCUCAUCUUCUCAUGGGGGUAACCAGGGACCAUCCUGUCUUUACAACCGUGUCUGUCCUUCCCUCUGUCUGUCCAUUUUUCUCUCUCUUCCUCACUGUGUCUCCAUGAGAAUCCCUAUCUGUAUGUCUAUUUGCUUUUAGAAUUCUCUGCCC